AUGAUCAUGUGGGAAGCGGCCAGAGGCUUUGGAUCGGAUGCUUCGGUGCCGUACCGGGAUGAGGCCGAUGAGAUUUCGCAGAAGAGGGGGUGGACGAGUCCGGCGACGGGCCGCCAGACGGCCUUUGAGGUGCUUCAGUUGAGGUUUCAGAAUCGUCCGAACCGUGCCUUCAUCCUCCUCGGCGGGGGCACCUCAAGUCACCCCUAA